AUGUAUUCUCAGGCAUUCCACUUGGGUGGACAAGGGCUCUUCUUGUCUGCUCAGUGCAACAUGGACCAGCAAAGCUCUUUUCAUUGUUUUGGGCUAUUUCUGGGGAUGCAGGAGAAGGGACCAAUGAUUUUUGCUGUGGAUUAUGAGUUUGCGGCACGGUCAAAGCCAACUGAGGAGUUUGUUAGCAAAUACAAAGAUUGGCUUGGUAUGGAGGACUCUACAGAUUUAGGAAUGGGUCGUAAUGUAGCCGUAGGUCAACUUCCUUCUACUGGUAGUACUGUUUGUCCAAAAAGACGUAAAGUUUCAGAUGUUUGGGGUCAAUUUACAACAUAUACAGAAGAUAAUGGGGAAGUGAGGGUAAAGUGUAUGAUUUGUGGUAAGUCUUAUGCACAUGGUAGUUCCAGUCAUGGGACUAAGAAUAUGAGGCGCCAUAUGGAAGGUUGUCCUAAACGUACCAUUACUACUAGUGUAGAUCAAAUGAUGAUGGAUUGUGACACUAAAUUGAGACGUUUGAAGAUUUCUCAAGAAAUUUAUCGUGAGAAGAUGGCAAUAGGAAUCAUAAAACAUAAUUACCCAUAUUCAAUAGUGGAGCAUGAAGGAAUUAGGGAUGUCCAUAUGUAUUUGAAUCAUGAAGUUAAGCAUUAUACUAGGAACACCGCUAAGGCGGACUGCUUAAAGAUAUAUUACAGGGAGAAGGAAAGGAUUAAGCUUGCUUUAGAGAGGGUUUCGGGUAGAAUAUGCUUGACUUCUGAUAUUUGGAGUUCUUGUACUACUGAUGGGUAUAUUUCUUUAACGGCUCACUAUGUUGAUGAGAACUGGGAGUUACAGAGUAGAAUUCUGAAUUUUAGCCAUAUUCCUCCUCCACACUCGGGGGCUCUUUUGUCAGACAUAGUGUAUGAUUUCUUAAAAGAUUGGGGGAUUGAAAAGAAAGUCUUCUCUCUUACAUUAGACAAUGCAAGUAACAAUGAUAAAAUGGAAGACAUUUUAAGGAGUCAACUUUGUCUGCAAAAUGUUUUAUUAUGUGAUGGUUCUUUUUUUCAUGUGCGAUGUUGUGCACAUAUCUUGAAUCUGAUAGUCCAAGAAGGGUUAAAGGUGAGUAGCGUGGCUUUGCAUAAAAUUCGUGAAAGUGUGAAAUAUGUUAAAGGAAGUGAGGCUAAAAGAAUGAAGUUUGGAGAACUUGUCAAACAAAUUGGUGUAAUAAGCUCAAAAGGAUUACGAACGGAUGUUCCCACGAGAUGGAAUUCCACUUAUUUAAUGCUUGAAAGUGCGUUAAUAUACCGUCGUGUGUUUGUUCAUUUGGCACUGAUAGAUCCCAAUUAUAAAAGUUGUCCUUCAAAUGAAGAAUGGGAUAGGGGCGAGAGGAUUUGCAAGUUCUUGCAACCAUUUUAUGAGAUCACUACUCUUUUUUCGGGUUCCCAGUACCCCACAGCAAACUUGUAUCUCAGAAAUGUGUGGAGAAUUCAAGUGCGUUUAUACGAAGAGAUGGAAAAUGAGGAUGAAGUUCUUAGUACCAUGGCAAGUCAAAUGAAAGGAAAAUUUGACAAAUAUUGGGAUUCUUAUACAGUUGUGUUAGCAAUUGCAGCAAUUCUGGACCCACGUUUCAAGUUUGAGUUUGUUGAGUUUUGUUACAAAAAAGUUGAUGGCCCAGUAGUUGCAACAAGAAAGUUGGAGUUGGUGCAACAGGAGUUGUAUAGGCUUUUUGCUGCUUAUGAGAGUCUAAGUGGCCAUGAGGUUCCCACUGGAGAUGAUUGCGGACAAGCUAGUAAUCCUCAUAUCAUUGGAGAUGAUAUCUGUGAAUUUGACUACUACAAGAGUGACUUUAGUGCUACUAAGAAGUCCGAAUUGGAUACUUAUUUGGGAGAGGCAAGAUUUGAUCGCAUCAAAUUUUGCAAUUUGGAUGUCCUGGACCAUUGGAAGAAAAAUAGUGAUCGAUAUCCGAUACUUUCGAUGAUGGCCCGUGAUGUGAUGAGUAUACCAAUAACGACUGUUGCUUCGGAAUCCAGUUUCAGUAUUGGUAGCAAAGUGCUCAGUAAAUAUCGAAGUUCACUUUUACCGGAGAAUGCAGAGUCUUUGAUAUGCACCAGGACAUGGAUUUCUGGAUAUGAAGUUAAAGAAGAUGAAAUUGAUGAUGUUCAGCUGGUUGUGCCAUUAAGUCAAGGGCGGGGGAAGGAGAUUGCAUAAUCAAGGGAGGCUUUGUUUGUUUAGUGUGUUUGGUACUUUGGUUAAACAAUUA